AUCUACUCUAUCUUUUAUAAGAAACUUCUAGAACUAGUACCUUUAGAUACUAAGCUAGUAAUAAAUAUAGAGCUUAAAGACAACAAGUAUAAAGUUAAAGAAGAACUUAAAGAAAAUCUAAUAAACUAUAAGUUACUAGUAUGUAAUUUUUACUAG